AUGGCGCGCCAGCGGGCCUCUUCCAAUGCCUCCACGAUCCCUUCGCUGCCGGACCGUACCCAGGAGCUCGGCAGCAUGUAUGAUUAUCUGGCAAAGGUGAUCUUGCUAGGGCCUAGUGGUGCUGGAAAAUCCUGUCUACUGCAUCGAUUCGUGAAGAAUGAAUGGCGGGUUCUGUCAUCACAGACAAUCGGCGUCGAAUUCUCUUCCAAGAUAGUCAAAAUUGGGUCGGGGUCGAGAUGGAAGAGAAUAAAGCUCCAGCUGUGGGAUACCGCUGGCACAGAGAGAUUCAGGUCGGUUUCUCGGUCAUACUACCGAGGGGCUGCAGGGGCCAUUCUCGUCUACGAUGUUGCAUCCCACUCCUCCUUCAGCGCUCUCCCAACCUUCCUAAUGGACGCUCGUGCUCUGGCUUCUCCCAACCUGACAGUAUUGCUGGCUGGAAACAAGAGUGACCUAGCUGCAGAUUCGGCUUCGGUUGAGGAAUACUGGGAUGACCCCCUUCGACCUCCAGCCACUCCAUCAAGCACAUCAAGUAGACAGACGCCGUUUCCCUUUGAUUCUGGCGGAUCUCUUCGCUCAAUAGGUAGCCCCGGAGUAGGGACCAGGCUGACAGCAACUACCUCUUCGGAGGGCCGUGAUGUCUCACUUGAAGAAGCGUCAAGAUGGGCAUCUAAGUCUAAUAUACCUGUUGCGGUUGAAGUAUCUGCUUUAUCCGGGGAUAACGUCGACGAACUUUUUAACAGGCUGGCCCGAAUAAUCCUUACUAAAAUCGAACUAGGCGAAAUUGACCCCGAUGACCCUCAGAGCGGCAUUCAGUAUGGCGAUGGUGGCAUAUAUGGAACUAGUGAUGGGGGAAGUAUCCGAAGCGGUAUCACAAUUGACGACUCUCUUACACAACCCCGGAAACGGAAGCCCAGGAGAGGCGCAUGGUCGUCGGGUAUGAGAGAGUGGGAAGAUGUUUUCCGUUCAAAUCCCCCACGUCAGCGGAACAACAGAUGCUGUUAG